AAGAUGACAGUAUACUCUGACUUAAACACGGAACAUAUUUCCUCUUUCUGACGCUGGAACACCCGAGCCGUGGACACGCGUGUAAAAACAAGUUGUUUUCUUCAAGCGGGGCCACAGAAACCUGAACACACGGAGCUGUCACUCUGACGAGAGAUUUCUUUUUUGUUUUUUUGCACCGUCACUGACACACGAAGAUCCAUUAAAUCACAGGUUGGUGCGCUAUUGGAUCAGGGUUAUUUCAUCGUAAUAAAAAGACGAGUUCAACUGGCGGGAUUUGUCAGAACAUGAACUAAAUCAUCAGUCGUUUCUACCGUAUAGGCUUGCAUUACUGGAAUAGAAGUGCCCUUAAUAGGAACGCAGUCUGACUUCCGUUUAAAGAGUGUGUGCUGACUGUCCUUUGGGCCUGAAGGCAGGUGUCUGAAUCCAGCCGAAUGAACAGAGCGACUGCAAAGCGGUUAAUCGAACGCUACUUUCGACAGUUAACUGAAGGCUGUGGAAAUAGCAACUGCACCAAUGAGUUUUGUGCCUCUUGUUCUAAUUGUCAACCUCUGGAUAACAACGCAGCAGCUGCUAAAGCGCUGGACCUGUUUAAAGUUAAUGCCAAACUCUGUGAUUAUUACCCUUCUGUUGAGUCCAGGUCUGAUGAAAACUCUCUGUUGGGGAGUAAGAUGAGCGCUGAAGAAUUCUCAGAUGUUCACUACCUCACAGAGCACACUGUGUGUAGGAUCCUGAGUCGCUGCGAGGAAGAAGGGAAUUAUUCUGCUCUCGUCCACGUCAUUGGCAGGAUAUUCUCCAAUGCGGAUGCUCUUAUUAAGAGUUUCCGAAAGGAAGAACCAAGUGCCACCAAAAACCUCGAUUCUCUUCAAUCAAAAGAAGAAGAGAAACAGAGCGAUCAGUCCUCAGAAAAGGUCUUCUCCUCUGCUUCCUCGCCUGAUGAAACUCCAAAUGGAGUUCCCAACUCCUGUGAGCCCACAGUAGACAUUGAUGCAGUUCGGAGAGUCUACGACAAACUUCUAUCUAUCGACCAGGUGGAGUCUGCUCUGGUGAACGCCCUCAUUUACCUCACUCCAAACGUAGAACUUGACCUGGAAUAUCUUGACGUGUACGAAACAAACCCAGAUUAUCUGAAUAUCUUCAUCAUAGUGAUGGAGAACAGUAACCUUCACAGCCCAGAGUAUCUUGAGGUGGCGUUACCUCAGUUCUGCAAGGCAAUGAGCAAGCUGCCACUGAUCGCUCUUGCUCGGCUGUCUAAGCUCUGGUCGAUGUGUGGUCUCCCACACAUCCGGCGUAUGAUGGAGACCUUCCAGCAGCUCAUUACUUUCACAGUUCUUAGUAAUGAAUAUGGUAUGGAAAAUCUGGUAAACGACGAUGAGACAGUGGUGGCUGCAACCAAGUGCCUAAAGGUUGUCUUCUACGCAAGCAUCCUUGGCGGGGAGGUGGAUAUAGAGCACAAUGAGGAGGACGACGAAGACUCUGAGUCGGAUGAGCUGACGUUGCAUGAGCUGCUGGGUGAAGAUCGGCUCUAUAAGAAAGGCCCACGGAUUGACCCUUUGGAGAAAGAGCUGGGUGUCCGUCCCAUAGACUGCAUAAAACCCCUCAUACCAUUUGAGGAUUUUAUUAAUGAAUCGGUGAAUGAAGAGAUUGAAAUGGACAAAGAUUUUACCUUUUUUAAAGUCAACGCAGAAACCAAGUUUUCCUUCCAGAGCUGCCCCUUCAUCCUCAGUGUCAUAACAAAAAGCCAGGGGCUGUAUUACGACAACAGGAUCAGGAUGUACAGCGAGAGACGCCUCACAGCUCUCUACAGCAUGGUGCAGGGCCAGCAACCCAACCCCUAUCUCAGGCUCAAAGUACGCCGAGACCACAUCAUUGACGACGCCCUCGUCAGAUUGGAAAUGAUCUCCAUGGAGAAUCCAUCUGAUCUGAAGAAGCAGCUUUAUGUUGAGUUUGAGGGGGAACAAGGUGUAGACGAAGGAGGAGUUUCGAAGGAGUUCUUUCAGUUGGUGUUGGAGGAAAUCUUUAAUCUGGACAUAGGGAUGUUCACCUAUGACAAUGACACCAAACUGUUCUGGUUUAAUUCAUCCUCACUGGAGAACGAAGCACAGUACACACUUAUCGGAAUUGUUCUGGGUCUCGCAAUUUACAACAACUGCAUCCUAGAUGUUCAUUUCCCGAUGGUUGUCUACAGGAAGCUGAUGGGGAAGAAAGGGACCUUCUUGGACCUGUCAGACUCACAUCCAGUCCUCUACCAAAGUAUGAAGGAAGUGCUUGAGUACACCGGCAGCCUGGAGGAGGACAUGAUGCUAACCUUCCAAAUAUCCCACACCGACCUUUUUGGAAACCCUAUGUUAUAUGACUUGAAGGAGAAGGGAGACCAGAUCCCUGUUACCAAGGAGAACAGACAGGAAUUUGUUCAUCUGUAUGCUGACUACAUCCUGAACAACAGUGUGGAGAGCCAAUUCAAAGCCUUUAAAAAAGGUUUCCUGAUGGUUACAAACGAGUCCCCUCUGAAAUACUUGUUUAGACCGGAGGAAGUAGAGCUUCUAAUCUGUGGCAGCAGGAAACUUGACUUUGAAGCACUUGAAAAGACAACUGAAUAUGAUGGAGGUUAUAACAAGGACAGUCAAAUUAUCAAAGAUUUCUGGGAAAUCAUCCACUCUUUCGGGGAGGAGCAGAAACGGCUUUUUCUUCAGUUCACCACAGGCACAGACAGAGCACCAGUUGGAGGUCUCGGCAAAUUAAAAAUGAUCAUUGCGAAGAACGGCUCUGACUCUGACAGGCUGCCGACCUCUCACACAUGUUUCAACGCCCUGCUGCUCCCUGAAUAUUCGUCCAAGGAAAAACUGAAAGAAAGACUCCUCAAGGCUAUCACUUAUGCCAAAGGUUUUGGAAUGCUGUGAAGGAUUCACAAAUAGAGUUUUCUUUCUGUGUGGAAAAGAAACAAGGAAAACCACCAAAACAGAUAAGGGAGACUUAAACAACAAAAUGCUGCAAAAACUCCGUGCCUAAUCUAUCACUCCCAGAUAACUCCACUGCUGGCCUUCCAUGCUGAGCCUUCACUUGCUUUUUAACUUGUUACUUGUGUAGGCAUUAGAAAUCCCAAAGAAGUUAAAACAGCACUCCAGCCUUUUUCCCCACAUGUUCUGGUUAAGAAAAGGCAAAACUCAUGUUUGAUUUGUGAAACUGUGAAAGUAUGCUUACACGUAGUAGCACAUAAAGUAUAUUUAUGAAAUUAGUUUGACUUCUGAUGGCUCUGAAGUUUUUAAAAUGUAGCAGUAUUUGGUCCCUACUGGGCAUGAUGGUGCUCCUUGGCUGUUGGCCUUUUAUAUUACCUUUUAAUGAAAAUAGCCUCAAUGAAAAACGCUUUUUUUCUGUCAGUAAGAGCGACCUUAAGUUUAUUUUAUGACUGAAACAUUUGUGCCGUGUCUCCCGAAACAUAUUUGAACUGAAUAUAGUUUGCUGUGAAGCUGGUGUGAUAGUUUACAGUGGCUUGCUGGGUUUUAAACUGUUUAAAAAUGACUUAGCGGCUGUUUUAGUGUGUCAAACCUGAAUAAGGUGUUGCUCGUCUCUUGGCUUGUUUCCUAAGAGUUACUGAUUUGCACACUUCUAUGUGCAGAUGCCAAAUGUGCAAGGCCUAUUCAAUGGAAACAAUCCUAGUAAAUGUCUGAUUUGGCUAAGUAUCUCAGGUAUGUAAAGUAUUUGCAGAAAAUGUCAAAACCCUUCUGUAAACUCUCCAACAUGCAAAGUAAAUAAAGGUCAAAAGUUUUA